GUGAUGAAUGCUUUUUUGUUGUAAUUAUUGGUGCAUUCUCUUUUGCAAAUAUUGUUUCAGAUUUGCAGGUCUUUGUGAUUGCAGUUGGAGCUAACACCAAGAUUCUUGAAACUAUUAAUCUUGUUCCACCAAUCGAUUCUGCCUCACCAACUGAUAAUAUCUCAUUGGACAUUGAAUCUGGAACAUCUGUUGCUAUUGUUAGUGCUUCUGAUUCAGGAAAGA